UUUGUCUCAUUCUUCCCUCUCUCUUUCUACAGACAUAACUGACUGGCCAUUAAUUAAAAUUCCAGUUAAAAUAUUAAUUUAUUUUUAAAUCUAGGAUUCUUUAAUUUCAUUAGAAGAAGAAGAAAACAAUAAAAACAACAAUAGAGAAGAGGAGAAUAAGAGUCGAGAGAGAGAGAGAGAGAGAGGAGAGAGAAAAUAAGCAGAAGAGAGAAAAACUAGAAAAAAAGAAAAAGAAAAAAAAAAGAGUAGCGAAAAAAGAAAAUGAGCAAUAAAAUUGUAUCCGCAGUGAGCGAAGAUCAGAACAGUAGUAGUAAUGGUUCAUCGUCGUCAAGCUCGGCGGUGGCGCAGAAGAUUUUGAGAAGAACAGCGUUGUUUGCAGCAGUGGCUUUGGGCUGUUACGUUCUUUACGCUUCCAUAGGCCCUUACCAAUUUCUCCCAGCUUCCUUUUAUCCAUUUACGCCCUCCAAUUCCUCUUCUCUGUUGGAGAAUGAAGAUGAAUUAGAAGGAGUUCUAAGAAAUGCAACAAUGAAGGACAAAACGGUAAUAAUGACAACACUAAACGAUGCAUGGGCAGAGCCAAACUCAAUAUUCGAUCUGUUUAUAAAGAGCUUCAAAGUUGGGAAGAAUACAGAAGGACUACUGAAACACUUGGUGGUGAUAUGCUUAGACGACAAGGCAUACAGUCGUUGCAUAGCUUCCCAUCCUCAUUGCUAUCAGCUUCGUACGAAAGGUGCCAAUUUUACAAACGAGGCUUUCUUUAUGUCCCCACACUACUUGGAAAUGAUGUGGCGACGGAUUGAGUUUCUUGGUUUUGUUCUUGAGUUGGGCUACAACUUCGUAUUCACGGACACGGACAUAAUGUGGCUACGAGACCCAUUCAAAAGGUUUUUGAAAGAAGGAGAUUUCCAAAUCGCAUGCGAUUACUACAAAGGAAAUCCGUACGACCGACACAACAAUCCGAACGGAGGAUUUACGUACGUGAAAUCGAACCGAAGAUCCAUUGAGUUUUACAAGUUUUGGUACCAUUCGAGGUGGGCUCAUCCAGGGCUACACGACCAAGAUGUUCUCAACAAGAUAAAGUUCGAUCCCUUCAUCGACAGAAUUGGGCUCAAAAUGGCGUUUUUGGACACUGCUUACAUUGGUGGGUUUUGUCAGCCUCUUAGAAAUUUGGACGUGGUUUGUACUAUGCACGCCAAUUGCUGUGUGGGUCUCCGAAACAAGAUCAAUGAUCUCACCAUGCUGCUUGAUGAUUGGAGAAGAUAUAUCAACACCACAUCCCAACAACAACAACAAUCAACUCUCAACUCAUCAACUACUACUACUACUACUACUACUACACAUACACAUGUCUCCUGGUCUGUUCCCCUCAAUUGCAGUACUUCCUUUCGACACUAGCAGUAGCUGUAAACGAAGGAGCAGGAGUUGAAAAAUUAUCCCUAUUGGAUAAAGGUAAAUUAUUAUUGCUAUUAUAUUUUUUCCCGCAGCUCCAUCAAUCAAAACUCCAUUUUGUGAAGCCAACUCCACCAUUUUUUUUUUCUCAUUUUACUGAAAAUAUUGUAACUCAUAACAAUUCAAUAUAUAGCAUCAAAGAACAUUUUUUUUUGGUGGG